UGAAACCAACCCUAAGCUCUUUUUAUCUCCACUCUAAAGGUAGCCCCGAUUAUUGCUGACUUAAGCAUCAGAGUGUCUACCCCGAGUUCCACCUCGAGGCUUUGCAGGUCGUUCCAGAGUACAGAUGUGGACUGAAGAAGGACUUCUGGUUUGGUGCAAUUACAUUUGGCGCCGUUUGUGGGAAUUCGAACUGAAAGCUUUCUUGUUGCUCUUUCGUCAUGGUUCACACUCGAUCAGUCCGAGCUGGCAAUUCAUCUCUGCCUCUUGGGCAAAGUCAACCCCCCAACAACCUUCCACCUCUGAUCCCACCUCAACUCCCACCUCAGCCUCCUCCUCAGGUCCCAGCUAUGUUCCCUCCUGUUGAUCAUGCAGAAGGAGGAGAUGAAAAUCAACCACACAAUUCGGCUCACAACUCAGCCUCUACUGCUAACCAAGACGUAGUUGCAGCUCAGCUCGCUGCCAUGCAACAACAGUUUGGUGUCUUUCAGCUAGUGCUGGCUCAGCUAUUAGCCCGGAAUAAUGCUGGUGAUCCACUCAUUAACCUACUUAAUCCCACUCCACAACCCCCAACUCCGCAACAAAAUCCUGAGCCAGUUCAACAUGCUCCUGCUGUUAGCGAAUCUCAGGGCCAAUCUCACAUCGCACCAGUUCAGCAACCCCUUCAUGAUGAUGUCACUCGACGUCUGGAUAGCUGGGACGGAGAGUCUUUGAAGAAUUUUAUGAGCAGAUUCAAUGAUGCAGUACUGGAGGUUAGCUCUUUCGACCAGGCUGUGGGAAUUACAGCUGUGAUCUCAGGACUUAGCCAUGAGAGAUUUAGAGAUAGUUUGCUCAAACAUCUUGCCACCACCUUCAGCGAGGUAAAUGAUAGAUCAUUGAAAUUCAUAAGUGCUGAAGAAUAUGCCUUGUCCUUAAAGUUCGAACUGGAAAGUCUAGCUCAAAAGGGAAUGCUGAAUGAGUACGUUCAGAGAGUUGAACAGCCGAGGUUUGUUCGAGAACAAAGGCCACAGCCUCAAGAAGUCCGCAAUCCCCCAAAUAGGCAAAGCGUGGGAUAUCAGCAAGCCCCACCUCCACUCCCACCACCAGUUAGAAUCCUACACAUGAUUACGGGAGGCCUAGAAGCUGGUGGACUGAGCUCUAAACAGCGAAAGCAGUAUGUCAGAGAGGUCAAGCAUCAAAACCGGGCUCAGAAACGGAAGUUUGACGACGCUGACUGGAAGAGUCAACUCGUUACUUUCACAUCUGUUGAUUUCGACACAGUUGUUACACCCCACAAUGAUCCUUUGGUCACAUCUGUCAUGAUUAACAACUGUGAAGUACAGCGUGUCCUUGUUGAUACUGGGAGUGCACCAGAUAUCAUGUACUUCCACUGUUUCGAGAGUCUUGGACUGGAUCCAGCAUUGUUGCAGAAAUAUGAUGGUCCCAUCCAUGGUUUCAAUAACCAGUCAGUUCUAGUUGAAGGUGUUCUAACCAUGAAUGUUGCAUUUGGGAGUGGCCGAACCUACGUGACUCCUUCCGUCUGGUUUCUAGUAGUCAAGAUGGCGUCCUCCUUCAACGUUGUUAUUGGCCGACCCAUGCUGACUGAAAUCCGAGCCGUGGUUUCCCAGUCUCACCUCUGCAUGAAGUUCCCCACUCCCAUGGGCAUAGCAACACUGCGAGUUGAGGAUGUUGAAGAAGUGCACAUUGAUGACAGAGAUCCGAGCCGAAAAACGCAAAUUGGAACUAAGUUGAACCUGGAGGAAAAAGCAGAGCUAAUAGCUUUCCCUCGGGCCAACAAAGAUGUUUUUGCAUGGACUUCAGUAGAUAUGCCAGGAAUUCCCACUUCGGUCAUUAAAGAAAAAGUUGAGAAACUCCUACAAGCUUGCUUUGUCAGGAGGGUCGAUUACUGUGAAUGGAUCGCCAAUCCUGUGCUGGUAAAAAAAGCAAACAGUAAAUGGCGGAUGUGCAUUGAUUACACUAACCUCAACGACGCAUGUCCAAAAGACUGUUACCCAAUGCCAAACAUUGACAAGCUGGUUGAGGCAGCUUCUGGAAAUGAGAGAUUAAGUCUCUUGGAUGCAUACUCUGGCUACCACCAGGUUCCAAUGGCUCCUGAGGAUGCAGAUAAAACCUCGUUCUAUGCUGGCGAUGAAAUAUAUUGCUAUGUAAUGAUGCCCUUCGGCUUGAAGAACGCAGGUGCCACUUACCAGAAGAUGGUUACCAUCGUAUUCCGAGCUCAAAUAGGCCGGAAUCUGGAGGUAUAUGUUGAUGAUAUAGUGGUGAAAAGUUUGAAAGCUGGAGAUCACUUAAUCGACCUCAAGGAGACGUUCAACAACCUCAGAAAGAAUAGGAUGAGGUUAAAUCGAGCAAAUUGUAUUUUCGGGGUAGAGUCGGGAAAAUUUCUAGGCUUCAUAGUGUCCAGAAGGGGGAUUGAGGUCAACCCUGAGAAGAUCAAAGUAGUAGCCGAGAUGGAACCACCAAAUUCAAUGAAAGAUGUGCAAAGGUUGAUGGGGAGAGUAGCAGCUCUUCGUAGAUUCAUUUCGAAAUCAGUAGAUAAAUGCUUGCCGUUCUUCAAGAUCAUGAGAUUGGCAGCUCAGAAGGAUGAAUUUGUCAAACAAAAGAAGUUUGCAUGGAAUUCAGAAUGUCAAGCUGCAUUUGACGAGCUGAAGUCUUAUCUUAGCUCACCUCCCUUGCUGACAAAGGCUGAUGAUGGAGAAAUCCUUUACUUGUACCUCGGGAUAUCAGAUGAGGCCAUCAGUUCUGUGUUAGUAAGGGAAGAGGGAAAGCAACAGAAACCAGUUUACUACAUCAGUAGCGUGUUACAUGGAGCUGAAGUCAGAUAUUCCAUUGCUGAGAAAGUAGCCUUAGCAGUUGUCACUUCGGCCAGGAAACUGAGACCGUAUUUCCAGUCACAUCCAAUCAUUGUCCUUACAGAUCAACCUCUUCGACAGAUUCCGCAAAAGCCAGAGUGCUCUGGAAGAUUGAUUAAGUGGGCAGUAGAACUGGGGGAAUUUGAAAUAACAUUUCAACAGAGAUCUGCAAUCCGAGCUCAAGCAUUGGCAGAUUUUAUUGUAGAGUGCACUCCGGGUCAUUCAACCCCCAAUCCAGAACCAAACGACUGGACCUUAUAUGUUGAUGGGGCAUCUAGUACUAGAGUCUCGUCCCGUGACAAGUGGUAUCAGAGCCAGCUCAAAGCUACUUCAGAGCCUGGUUCGGAGCUGCACCAGAGGGCGGUUGGAAGCCUGCUGCAGACAUGGUUCGAGCGUGGUUCGAGCGUGGUUCGAGCCGUGGCACGAGACGUGGUUCGAGCGUGGCACGAGACGCGGUCCAAACGUGGUGUGAACGUGAGGAGAUCGAGGGCAGUGUCACCAGCGUCAAAGGACGUCAUGACAGCCUUUGAGGGAAGGCUGGCCAAGAUGGAGUUGGCUAUGGGGGACGUCCGCGAGCAGCUUGACACUCUUGACUCUCGGAUGGAGGAGCAAGAGGAGCGGUGCGGCGAUGUCGAAGACCUCCGAGGUAAGCUCCAAGGUGCCCUUAACUCUUUUAUGGCUGAUAUAAACAAAGCUAUGGAUGAGGUGCGAGGGACCAUCGCGGCAGAGGCGAGCGCGCUGAAGGCGGAGCUUAAUGAGGUCAAGGGGGACCUCGCCUUGUGCAAGGCAGCCAUGGCCGCUGGCGUUGCGGUUGGUGGUGCGGCCAGCGUUGGGCCGAAGCUCAAAGUGCCCGAGCCACCUAAGUAUGGAGGGAAGCGGGAUGCCAAGGAACUCGAUAACUUUCUGUGGAUGGUGGAGAGGUACUUUGACGCCAUGAACGUGGGGGAUGAAGCUGCAAAGAUCCACAUGGCGACCAUGUACUUCGAGCACGAUGCCACACUCUGGUGGAGACGCCGACACAGCGAGAUGCAACGAGGCAUUUGCAACAUCAACACCUGGGAGGCGUUUAAGGGGGAGUUCCGCAAGCAGUUCUACCCCGAGAAUGCUGAGGAGGUUGCGAUGAAGAGGCUCCGGGUGCUGAAGCAUAGAGGGACGAUCACGGAGUAUAUUCGGGAAUACAACUCUUUGAUGCUCGAGAUCCCUGAUAUGCCCGAGAGGAGUCGGCUACUCUACUUCAUGGACGGGUUGCAACAGUGGGCUGAGCAAGAAUUGAAGCGACGGGGCGUCCAGGACCUUGCUUCAGCCAUAGCAGCCGCGGAGUCCUUGAUCGAGUUCAGCAAAGAACCUCCAAGGAAGGCCAGGAGCAAGUACAGGGGUCGAGACAAGGAGGGUAGCGAGAGCGAGCACGAGGAGGAUGCACCGCAGAAGCCAUCCAAACCCCUUAAGGGUAAGGGGAAGGCAGAUGAUGGCACGGGGGAGCGUUCCAAUGGCGGUAAGGAGCAGCCCAAGGCAAAGCGGGACUGCUACUUGUGUGGAGGGCCACACUGGGCAAGGGAGUGCCCACAGCGGAACAAGCUCAACGCCAUCAUCUCAGCCCUCGGGGAGGAGCCCCAAGCCAAGGAGUUGCGCUUGGGAGCCAUGACGGUUUUCAACUCCAUAUUGGCCCAGAAGGCGAGCGGGGGCGACGCCAAGGCCAAUGGAGCAGUAGAAAUGAGCCUCGGCAAGACCUACAAAUACAUAGCCGUCGAGAUCAAGGGGGAAAGCAUCCCAGCCCUACUGGAUAGUGGCGCAGACCAGAGCUUGAUCGCGGUCAGCUCAGGGGAGAAGUUGGGUCUGCCGUGCACCAAGGAGCGUGGUUGGGUCAAGGUCGUCGAUCAACCUUCACAGCCCAUCCAUGGCGUGGCACGAGGGGUGCCAGUGCAGAUAGGCUCAUGGUCGGGGGAGAUCGACCUACAUGUCGUGCCCAUGAAGGACUUCAAGAUGGUGCUGGGUCGUGACUUCAUCAGUCGGAUGCUGCCUUUCACUUUCACGAGGGACGGGCGCAUACUCUUUGAGGACAGGGGUGUUCGCUACGAGGUGCCACUAGAGCGGCUACCAACGGAGCAGACAGUCCUUGCAGCCAUGGAGGUGUCAGGGGGCAGUGAGCGGGAACACGGCCAGACAGUGGAGUCCAAGAGCGGGAAGGCUAGGGGCACGGCACACUCUGCACACGACUUGCAGCGGAAGCGAGGUGGGCACGCGGCACAGACUUGCGGCAACUCGCAAAGGGGAUCGAGGCACUCAACACGAGCGGCCUUGACGAGGGCGUCAAGGGCUUUGGUGGGGGAGAGUGUCACGGAGCGCGAGUUCGAGGGCCCAAGUCAAGGCCAUCGUGCAUUGGAGUUGAAAAUCAGCGCAAUCCAAGUAUACAGUGACUCCCAGUUGGUGGUGAACCAAACCAACUCGAUCUAUGAAGUCGUUGAUCCUGUGAUGGCAGAUUCACUCUCAAAAUUCGCGUCUGAUAGCUCCUCAAGUUCCAGAUCAGUUUUUGUGGAGGUUUUAGAUAAACCAAUCUUUGUGAAGCCACGGAUAAUGGAGAUCAGCACAAAUCUGGACACGCCGAGUUGGACUGACUCAAUUAUUUCCUUUUUACGAGAUGGAAUAGUACCUGAGGACAUGCAGGAGGCAAUGAAGUUGAGAAAGAAAGCAUCUCGGUAUACACUCGUUAAUGGGGUCCUCUAUAAGAGAUCUCUUUCACUCCCUCUUCUACGAUGUUUGAAUCCUUAUGAAGCCGAAUAUGCACUUCGGGAGGUACAUGAAGGUGUCUGCGGGAGCCACGUUGGUGCUAGAACUCUGGCUCACAAAGUUUUAAGAUAUGGGAUCCCGAAUCAGAUUGUGGUUGAUAAUGGAACACAAUUAAACUGCACUUCUUUCCAAGAUUUUUGCUCCAGCUACAGGAUUAAGUUGCAGUUCACCUCGGUUUACCAUCCGGAGUCCAAUGGUAUGGUAGAGUCUGUUAAUAAAUGCAUUCUAGAAGGAAUAAAGCCGAGGUUGGAGCCGCACAAGGCCAAGUGGGCAGACGAGCUCAACAACGUCCUCUGGGCAUACAGAACAACGAGCCGAACUACCACAGGUGAAACACCCUACCACCUGGCCUUUGGUACCGAAGUAGUCAUUCCUGUUGAAAUAGGAGUCCCAAGCUUUUGGGUCACCCAUUUCGAUGAAAGGCGAAAUGGACAACUGCUUCGGGAAAACCUUGAUCUGCUUGCUGAGGCUGGCCUAACAAGGUUUGAAACUCGUUUUGGCAAACUGGCCCCAAACUGGGAAGGCCCUUAUAUAGUGGCUGAAGUACCAUAUCCUGGUGCCUAUAUCCUCCAAGAUGCUGAAGGGAGGAGAGUCCCUAGAGUCUAGAAUAUCAAUAACUUGAAGAAAUUUUACCCAUAAUAGAAUUCUUUCAAGUAAUAUAUGUCUUACUAAUUCUUUACGCUUUUUACUUCGUGAUUGUUAUCUCUUAUUCUAUGUACCUGAGGUCAAUCGGUUCAUUUAUCCCUUGAACCUCACUUCUAUUAAUAAAUGUCACUUCACAUA